ACACACCGUUGGCCAAUAAUUCUCCCUGAGCGACCGUCAGUCACAUCAUCACCACCUCUUCCCAACACCUUCUUCUCUAGUAUACCGCCACAAUGCCUCUUCGCGUGCCGACGGCUCGCUUAACCCCGCGACUCUAUUGUCGCACCUUCACCACGACGCCGCGCGCCUUCCUGAACGAGGUCGGCAACCGCUCUGGCGAACAACUCGAGCAAAAGAAGCAGGAGCAACUUAAGAAGCAGGAGGAGGGCGAGGGCCACUGGCAUGAAGAGCUGGCGUCACAGUCCGAGGCUAAGAUCGCAGCUGACAAGGAGCACGUGAAGGACCACGACAAACACAUGAGCGACCUGCAGAAAGAGACGGCCAAGAAGGGCGAGAAAGGUGAAUUGUCUUGAUUGUCAGCCAGCCCAAAGCGCGAGGAGUGUACAUGGUCAGGACCAUCUUUCAUGCGAAUCUUAGAAGCCACGUCAGCCAGCAUUGUUUCGAAUUUCAAAUUUGUCUACAGAGGCGACUUUCAUUUGCGUUCCUACUGCAGCUGCAGCGUGUCCCAGCAACACACGCGUCCUUGUAUGCAGGAGCUGCCGUCAGCACCGCCGACUUGAAACGCCUAUCAUUGCAGCGGAAUUAGGCGCGCCACACAGAGACUUGCCUUUCAUCCUUACUGGGUACCACGGCCUUGGUCUCUAGGCUGUCAGCACGUGUUUAGUCAGCCACGGUCCACUCGCGAACCCUAGUUCCUUCGUAAAACCCACAGCGGGUGCAGGGCUAUAUUGUCUGCCGGCCCACUGUACAUACGGUGCUUCGGCCCCUGCCUACGUGAGGAAGGUUAGUCGGAUAGGCUUCCGACCCGUUCGGGACGAGAGUGACCUCAUUUUCCUUGUACUUGUCUGAAU